CAAGUGUCUCAUUCAUCAAUUCAAUCUCCAGUGCCUUUGCGUUACCUGGUAUCGUACCGUAUUGGGUUUGGAGCGAUUGGUUUCUUCUCACAGCUUUUAGAAACAAUGUCGAUCAUGCAGCGGACAAUAAUGCAGCAACCGGCCUCCGCGGUCUGCAGCAAUGGUUCCUCUGGCAAAACAAUGUCCAAGUCCAAACUACUAAAGAAGCGGGGUAAAAACACUUCAUCCUCCUCCAGAAAUAAGAUUCCUCUUCACAGACGGCUGCUGCGGGUGAUUGGUGGCAUUGCUCUGUUUAUUGCUGUAAUGAAUUGCAUAUACAGUCUCAGGCAUCAAGGAACGCUUCCCAGUGGAAUGUCCUUUACGUUUAAUUUUGGAGGAUCUCAAUCGAAAUGGAUUUUUGGAAAAGCACACGAGGAAAAGGAGCCACAAUUAGAAUUAUUGGGUGACAGCAAACAUAACGAUCAUCGAGAAAUGCUCAAAUCCAGACUAUCACAAGUAGUGAACCAACGCAAGAGACAGGAACAUGCAGAGGGGGCUCGUCAAGACUUCAACCACCACAAUCAGCAGCAGCAGCAGCAAGGAGAUGGAAUUUGGCCCGGUCGAAAGAAUUAUAACGUCGAAUUGAGAGGAGUCCAAAGCGCCCAACGUCGCAGUGAAAUACUCGCCAGAGCCAAUGCCGUGUUGGAUGGUCGCAAUGACAUUCAUGCCAAGGAAGCUCAAAAGGGAGAUGUCCGUCCCAUUCGAUACUUCAUGGCACUCUCCAAACAAAAAGGACACGACAAGGAACCAAUCUUGAAACUGAUUCGACAAAAUGCUGGCAUUCAGUAUAUUUCCGAAACAACCUACAAGGAACUACCCACAUUUGCCGAUGUCAAGGGCAUGUACGGAGAUCAUCCUCGGCUCGUAGACACGGACCAGUGCGCCGCCUUUCGAUCCAUGGGCGAUUUGGGGGACAAGUACAUUGGCGUCGCAGGAACAUUCAACAGUGGAACCAAUUUUCUAGCCAAACUAUUGACGCGCAAUUGCGUCUUGCACAAACGACAAGAAAAGUUCGGGAUCAAACAACGAGGAAUUCGAUGGCAAGUGCCCUAUGGGAAACACACACCUCCUCAAAAUGAAGAAUUUCGAAACAAUCAUGUGGCGCAAAAAAGCAGUGGAGUGGAUGCUUCUGAAGUACUGCCGGUGGUCAUGAUUCGAGAUCCCUUUCGGUGGCUGCAAAGCAUGUGCUCUCAUCACUACACCACUCGAUGGCCUCGGGUGUUUCCACGCACCGACCCACGCUAUCAUUGUCCCAAUCUCUUUCCCACGGCCGAUGAAAAGGCCAAAUUGGCCGCGCUCAACCAAGAACCGCUGGUAGAAGGAGAACCCAUCGUUCCCGAAAUUCCCAACAAUAGGGUGAAACGAAACCUGGCACUGGAACGGCUACUCUAUAUUGGGAUCCGAGCCAAAGAUGGCACUCUGCCUGGUGGUGUUCCAGACGCCAAUGGCAAUAAAUUUUAUGAGGACCCGGCCGCCGAGGCUGACACAGACGGGAAUGAUGACGGAGAAACAAUUCCCGAAAUCGUCGAAGCCGAGCCGGAUACCUCUUUGCUCAGCGAAGAAGAGCGGAAUCUCCAUCAUUUCCCCGUCAGUAUCAAAUACUCCAACUUUACUCGAUUUUAUCGGUCAUUGGCCCAUCAUUGGAAUGAAUGGUACCAAGAAUACUUGGAUUUGCCAGAUUAUCCACACGUUAUUGUGCGCAUGGAGGAUUUGCUAUUCUUUCCCGAUCAAGUCGUGCCGCAGAUUUGUGCCUGUGCCGGAGGACGACUCUUGCGGGGCGACAAUGCCACGGUGCAGGUGGUCGCCCAGUCGGCCAAAUCCAAACAUUCGACCAAGUACAUGGAAGAGGGAGAAGAACACACAGGGUACCUCGAUGCAUUGAUCAAGUAUGGACACAGUGCCACGCGGUUCAAAGGCAUGACACCACACGAUCUGCAAUACGCCCAGCAGUAUCUGAAUAGGGACAUGAUGGAGUUGUUUGGUUAUGGAUAUCCCGACGAGUCCCUCAUGACAACGGCCUCGGAGGAAAAGGACAACGAGGAAAGUGGAGAAAGCAACGGGGAUCCAGAAGAAAACAACGCAGAAAGCGGAGAAAACAACGCAGAGGCUGGGGAAGAAGAAAAGGACGAGUGAUGAAUGGGCGUCCAGUCCACUCCUCCAUCAUGGAACAUUCUACCGCUCAGUCAGCCACCUCGAGCCGGACAAGGAGAUAGACAGGAAGAUGGCAUAGCAGGCAACACAGCUUCGCAAACGCAAGGAGUCCGAUUCAUCAUCGGGGCGAAAACCGCACGAAAAGCCGCUUUUUAGAUUGGUAGCGUGGGUCGAAUCCAUCUCCCGUGUUUCUGACUAGACAAAGCGUUGCGGGCAACAAGGACAAUCUUCCUCGGCUUUUAGUAACAUGACUUCUAGACUUUUGUAUUACUAUAUC